CGGCCGCUGAGGGGAGGGCACCGCCAUCGCCACCGGAAGGGAAGGGACGGACUCCUUCUCUGCCUCCCUCCCUCCCUCCCUGCCUCCCUCCCUGCCUUCGUCCCUCCGCCCCUCGUCCGUCAGUCCGUCCCCCGCCCGGUCGGUCCCCGCGCCCUGCAGCGGCGGCUCUGAGCCCGGCCGGCCCCGACCCUGGGGCCGAGGCCCCGACAGCGAGCAGCCGGCGGCGGCGGCGGCGGCGGCGGCGGCGGCGGGAGGAGCUUGACAGCUGGUGGCAGGUCCUUGGAAAACCACGUGACAAUACAUCAUGAGUGACAAUAAAUGUGAUAGUCAGUUUUACAGUGUGCAAGUGGCAGAUUCAACCUUCACGGUGUUAAAACGCUACCAGCAAUUGAAGCCAAUAGGAUCAGGAGCACAGGGCAUUGUUUGUGCUGCAUUUGAUACCGUCCUUGGAAUCAAUGUAGCGGUAAAGAAACUGAGUCGUCCCUUUCAGAAUCAAACUCAUGCCAAGAGAGCUUAUCGAGAACUUGUUCUGUUAAAAUGUGUCAAUCAUAAAAAUAUAAUUAGUUUGUUGAAUGUAUUCACACCACAAAAAUCUCUAGAAGAAUUUCAAGAUGUGUAUUUGGUUAUGGAAUUGAUGGAUGCUAACUUGUGCCAGGUUAUUCAUAUGGAAUUGGACCAUGAAAGAAUGUCUUACCUUCUUUAUCAGAUGCUUUGUGGAAUUAAACAUCUCCAUUCAGCCGGGAUCAUCCACAGAGAUUUAAAACCCAGCAACAUAGUAGUAAAAUCAGACUGCACUCUCAAGAUCCUUGAUUUUGGCUUGGCCAGGACAGCGUGUACGAAUUUUAUGAUGACUCCAUAUGUAGUAACAAGAUAUUACCGAGCACCAGAAGUUAUCCUUGGAAUGGGUUACAAAGAAAAUGUGGAUAUCUGGUCUGUUGGGUGCAUUAUGGCAGAAAUGGUCCUCCAUAAAGUCCUGUUUCCAGGAAGAGACUAUAUUGAUCAGUGGAAUAAAGUUAUUGAACAAUUAGGGACACCAUCAACCGACUUCAUGAAGAAGCUACAGCCUACUGUGAGGAAUUAUGUAGAAAACAGACCCAAAUAUCCUGGUAUCAAAUUUGAAGAGCUUUUCCCAGAUUGGAUAUUCCCAUCAGAAUCGGAAAGAGACAAAUUGAAAACCAGUCAAGCUAGAGAUUUGUUAUCCAAAAUGUUAGUAAUAGAUCCCGACAAGCGAAUCUCUGUAGACGAAGCCUUACGGCAUCCAUAUAUAACAGUCUGGUAUGACCCUGCAGAAGCAGAAGCACCACCACCUCAAAUCUAUGAUGCCCAGUUGGAGGAAAGAGAGCAUGCUAUUGAAGAAUGGAAAGAAUUAAUAUACAAAGAAGUAAUGGACUGGGAAGAAAGAAGCAAGAAUGGUGUGGUAAAAGAUCAAUCUUCAGAUGCAGCAGUGAAUAGCAACACCACCCCGUCCCAGUCAUCCUCUAUCAAUGACAUUUCAUCCAUGUCAACAGAGCAGACGUUGGCAUCCGACACGGACAGCAGCCUCGACGCCUUGACAGGACCCCUAGAAGGUUGUCGAUGAUCCGUUAGACAUUGCAGACUUAAAGUUGGAAAAGGACUCUUGCUUCCUUUGGGCCUGAAUCGCUUGUAAGUUAAUGGAAACCGAGUAGAGAAAUUCCAUGUCCUGCAUGUCCUAGUAACGCAAUGCCUGUGCUCUUACUCAGUUGUAAUACGAUUGCCCGCUUAAUGUUGUAGAAUGAAAGCAAAGUCUAGAAAAAAACACAGUGGCAACUAAGGCCAGUCGCGAACCCUUUCGUUUGAGCUUAUUUCAGGUGAGCAGUUCCAGUAGAUGACCGCAAAAUAACAGGUCCUGGUGACCACAGUAGCCAGUGUCGGGGAGGGGUUCUAUCUGGCCAACGUCUGAAUUGGCCACAUCUGAGUUCAGAAGAUUGCGAUGCUCUAUUUGGUAGGUUCACUUUCCCGGAUUCUCCUCUCUUAGGAUUCAGAGAUCACGUGUCUUUCCAGAUUGUGCUUUGAGGAAACUUUCUCAAGCCACAUAAAUACCAGCGUUCAUUAGAGCGUGCGUCACCAAAUGUAUUUGGCUCUCGGGGCGUCGAAAUAUUUAAAUUUGUUUUGAUGCACGACUCAAUUUUGUCUUUAUGGGGCUCUCUGAUAUUUUGGCUGAGUUAAAAUAUCUUAAUACAUACAUACAUAUAAACUUGUAUGUUCUUCAUUAUCAAACCAAAGCAUUUGCAGAGGCCCUACUUUAGAUUCUCUUCUAAAUUCUUUUAGCUCUGGGAAGAUUCGAAUUUUGGACACGGUGACAUGCUAAAAAUGAAUUUCUGCUAACCCACAAUCUCAUCCAUGUCCCAUUUUUUCAAAAUUCUGCCUCGAUUUCCAUAUUUUCACUUUUCAUUAAUUUUCACACUUAAAACCAGCGGCACUCUGUGGAAACUGUAGUUCAUCAAAAUUAAGUCUCCCUUCCGCUUAUUUCUAACAGUGGGACCUGAUAUAGAGAUUUUUAUAUCCACCUAUCCAGUGCCAGUGCUGAAAAUCCACUUUUUAAGUCUCUUAUUUUUCAAGGUAAGGUUGCGGACAGACUUUUUUCCCCAUCUGAAAUUAGUGGUGAACUCAAAUGAAUCCUAGAGUAUUAAUCUAGGGUCAUCCUAUUUCUUGGGUUACAGAUUGUGGUGUCCAGAUUAACUGCCAGUCUGUUUUUUUAUGUUAUGGUGGCAAUUUGCUUUUUUGAAAAGGCCUAAGAAAGGAGCCAUUCUGCCAAUACAAGCCACUCCAUGCCUUCAUUCCUCAGGUGUCUUGUGAAGGUCUUUAGAAAGCUUUAUCCCUUGUGAUUAGCAAAGUGAGAUCAGUGAUCAUUUUUGGUGGAGGGGAUCAUGAGAUAAAGAAAAACUGGUUCAGUAUUCUGUAAUGUGUCUCCAUUGCUCACUGGAAAAGAGCACCGAUUUUUUCCCCCAUUUGUAUCGGUUGGAUACGUCGAUAUACUGAGUAGCUGUAGGGUAUUGCAAAAAUGGAGCAUUCAGACCAUUUAAAUUUCAGCUCUGCUAACAAUGUCUUUUGCACCUCAAGAACUUCUUAUGUUAAGUCAUUUUGAAAACUCUAGUAUUCUAGUGGAUGUAUUUUGGGAAGGUGUUGGAUUUAAAUAGCUUGUCAAAGUACGAUGUCAGAACGGCACUGUCUGUAACAUUUUGUCAAGUCAUUCAUCUUGUCAUUGGAAUUUGGAAAACUGUUUGGUGCUAGACCAAGAAAGCAAGUUUGGGUUAUUAUUUGAUGAAAGAAAAUGGUUUUCUACUGAACAUUGUGAACCAGACAAAUUUAACUAGAAAAUACAGAUAUGGUGUUAAGAUUCUGGUAAAGAACUGUAGUAAAAAAAUUUUCUCCUUUGGUGCCCUAAA